AUGCAUUCUUCCUCCUCAAUCGUUAAUUGGUUUCUCAACGGUUCUUUCUUUCCGAUCUCAAUUGGUCCAAUAUCUCAGAAAUUUGAAGCCAUCCAAAUUCUAGCGCCGAGAUUAUGUCAAAUGACCUGUUCUGAUGCCCGACAGAUUUUACUUGCUGUCAGUGUUCAUAGUGACCUUAGAUUGGAUAUUUUGAACCAUAUCAAACGGUAUUUGUUAGACAACCAAACUGACUUGGGCCGAGAAUAUAUCCUCAGCGUGUUCCCAUACGAGAGCAGUAAACAAAGAGCUCUUCAAAUUUUGUCAACGGUAAAUUCGCCCCCUGAAAGCAUAUAUUCUUCUGGAGGCCAUCAAGUCCACGCCCCACUGGGUACGGUACUGUCACAAGCAGUCCCAUUGAAAGAACAUUAUUAUGGCCCAAUCGCUGAGCAAAUGACUAAAGCAAAAUUACCGCCUCCCGGUCUCUUUUCAUCCCGUUUGCCACAAGGACAACUUGACUGUAUGGCCCACCCUUCGUACGCCUACCCGGAAGAAUGUACCUAUACAGCAAUGCAUGGUUUGCUACCCAUUCACCAAGUAUUUAAAAAUUCUUUUUGCUUAAAUAUAAUCUAUCUAUCUAUCUAUCUAUCUAUCUAUCUAUCUAUCUAUCUAUCUAAAGAAAUUCCAACAAAUUGUAUAUCUCGAGAUUAUAGAAACAUUUUGAUGCUCUAUCUAUCUAUCUAUCUAUCUACCUAUCUAUCUAUCUAUCUAUCUAUCUAUCUAUCUAUCUAUCUAUCUAUCUAUCUAUUUUUGGAACGUUGCCAACCAAUUCGCAGCCAUGUUGGAGUCGAGAAGACUUUGAAAACGUCACGUAUCCGUCGGUCGGCUGGUGUCCCCCUCCUAUUUAGGCUCAAAUCGCUAUGA